AGAAAGUUGCUGUUUGUCCUACCGUACUUUGGUCCUCCUUGGAUCGAGGUAGGUACGCUGCUUCCUUCCUGUUUCCUGUCUCUUAGCUUCUUCUUCUCAAGCAGCGUGCUGCUCGACUCGAACCGCCGGCGGUGGAUUCAAAACGUUUGUCCGCAAGCAUGGCGUCUGAGCGGCCGCGGCCAAACCGGAUCAUGGCGCCUCUCUGCCGGAACCACAUGCGGGGCCGGUGCAUCAUCAAGCCGUGCAAAUAUGCGCAUGUGCCCAAGGACUUGGUGCCUCCCGACCAGAUGGAGGUUGAGGUCUGCGUUGACUCGCUCCGAAACCGCUGCCCGCGGGGCCCGUUCGAUUGCCGAUGGUAUCAUCCAGAACAACCGCUGCGCACGCGCUUGCAAACGGAGGCUGGCUUCCCUGUUUUGGAUGAGAUCCCCCCGCCGGGACCCGUGUUCGUUCCCCCGGGUCCGCUUGGGCUGCCACCUCCCAUCCUGCCCGCCAAAGUGCGGCCAAUGCUGGAGGUAUGCCACAACUGGCAAAAGGGCCGCUGCUCCUUCUCGGACAGGGAGUGUAAACGGGCCCACGCAGAGCCCACCAGCCCAGACGGCAACUUCGUGAUGGUGUGCGCCGACUUUCUCAAAGCUGGCUGCACUCGAGAGGCCUGCCGCUUCUUCCAUCCCCUCAACCAUCGAAAGCACUUCAUCCGAGAGAUUCCUAUCCUGACCGGCCCCCCGCCUAUCAUGGAGCCUCUACCCCCACCGGACCCGUAUGCGGCCUACGCAAAAGCUGUGGCGAUGUAUGGUAUCUAUGGGGCGCAUAUAGCAGACGGAGGGAAACCCCCGCCAAGGCGAGAAGAGCCCAGCCCGUAUCCUCUGGACCUAUACGCUGAAAGAGAGCCGCGGAGGCGCGAACCGCCUUCAAUGGGCCCCCCGAGCUACCCCCCCGCCUUCCCUGACGCCCGUCCCCGCGACCGGAGCCCCCCUGGCCCGCCACGUGGCGUCUACGACUCGUACCCCGACCGCAGCCGUGCUGGCAGCUACCCCGAACGCAGUCGGUCGGAGACUUAUCCCGAUCGACCCCGGGGGGGCCUCGUAGACGCGUACGCAGAACGGAGUCGCGAUUCGUAUUCUUCCAGGGGGGGAGAAUACGCGUAUCCCGGGGGGGCCGGGGAAGCUUAUCGGGACGAGGGGCGGCGGGGCCGGAGUCCGGAACCAGAUCGGAGGGAUGAGCGGUACCGGGGCGCGGAACGAGAACGGAGCUACGAGCGACGGGACGAGCGCGGGCGGCCGGUGCGCGCGCGGCUUGCGGAGGAUAAGCUUCCGGUGUGCCGCGAUUUUUACCAUGACAAGUGCGACCGCCGGGCGUGCCGCUUCGUGCACCCAAACAGCAGAAUCCGGGUAAACAGGGACGACCUGACAGUCGACAUUUGCCAAGAUUAUAAGCAGGGCCGGUGCCGAGACCCCGACUGCCCAAACUACCACCCGGUUACCGUUAUGAUGUAGUGAGUCUACACAUGGUGUAAAAGUACCAGCGCGACAGAUUAUGUUUCUAAGUUGUUGGGUGUCCAGGACACGGCAACACGUUAUCAUAACAAAUCUGCCGAGUCGCCGGGAAGAUCUUCAAAAAGUCAUAGCAUAUCUUAGCGUUCCCGGGUGGCAACUUACACGGAGGCAAGCCUGCGCCGCGUCUCAGAUGAUGACAUU